AUGAAGAAAAGCAAAAAUGGCAUGGCACAUCUUGUGUAUUUUUUUUUGCCCUCUCUAAUAUUAAUGUAACAUGCAGUAGGAAACCUUGGUAUCAAAAAGCAAUGGAAAUGGCCAACAUAUGGAAAACCUUUCCGAAAUCCACGAAAAUCCCCACGACGAAUGCAACUCUAUGGAAAACCAUUUCUAGAUCAACCGAGGUCUCAACUACAAAUUCCAACAGGCAGAAACUACGAAAAUGCUCUUCUCUAAAGGUUGCAACCACGUUCACACGAGUCUGUUUGUGUGCACCAAUCUCUUCCUACACCGAGGUUUUCCAAGCAGAGGUUCCACCAAGAAGAAGCAAUAGUUAUCCGAGAUCAAAGCCAUUUCCUACCCAACAAGAAAGAACUCCAAGUGCAAGAAUUAGUAUAGAAGGGAGGAGAAUUUUUCGGGGAAAAUCUUUGACCGAUGAUGUUUUAAUGAGGAGAUUUGUUGUGGCAGAAGAAGCAAUGAUGCAAGUUAGAAGGAGGAAUCAAAUGGAAAUAAUCAGGAAGAGAGCUUCCAUGAGAAGGAAAAUGCUUGGACCAAGCCCUCUAAGUAGAAUGGUUUUGGCUGAAGAGGAAUGAGAAUUAACUAGGAAAAGCUCUAUGCUUUCAUUUGUUCAAAGAAAAUUGAUUUUUUUUUUUUUUUUUUUUUUUUUUUCUCCUUUUUAUUUGGAUUAUUUUCUUGUGGCUUUUGAUGGGUAAUUUCUAUUCUCUUUUCCUAUGAAAUUAAACUGGUUUGGUUGUGUUUUACGGUUUCUUUUCUUUUCAGUUUCAUUUUCUUGAAAACGCAUUGUUUGGCGAACUGUUUCAAGAAAUUGGAUUGGGAAAGUUCUGAAAAACAA